UGUUCUCAAUUGAUCUUACCUGGUAAAAUAAAAAAAUUUAAAAAAAAAAAAUUUAUUUGACUCACUGUGACUAUUAGGUGACUCUGGAAAUCACAUCAAGGUUCAUUGAAAGAAGAUGGUGCAAGCUGAAAAUGAAUGAGGAGGAGGGACUAAAAAAGUUGUUGCAGAACAAGAGGACGUAUAGAGGAGGUGGAGAAAAAACGAAAAACAGCUGAAUGACAGAGAUAUUUGGUCACAACAUUGCCAAAGCUGAGCAGCAUCUCUUUUUCUAAUGAUGGAUGAAACUGAAGUCUGCUUUCCACACCUCAACUCCUCCUGUAUGAAGCAAAAGCGUCCACACACUGAGGCUGUGCUAAUCUACAUCCUGCUGUCCUUCAUCGCUCUGCUGACUGCAACUCUCAACCUGCUCAUCAUCAUCUCCAUCUCCCACUUCAAGAAGCUUCACACUCCCACCAACCUCCUCCUCCUCUCUCUGGCUGUCUCAGAUUUCUUUGUGGGCCUCCUCAUGUCCUUUCAGAUUAUCCUGACAGACGGCUGCUGGUUCCUCGGUGAUGUCCUGUGUACUCUGUAUUGUGCUUUAGAUUACAUUAUCACCUCGGCCUCAGUAGGAACAAUGGUGCUGAUAUCAGUCGACCGCUAUGUGGCUAUUUGUGACCCGCUGCAUUAUCACACCAAAGUCACAAUGAGAAGAGCUACUGUGUGUACUUGUCUCUGUUGGGCCUGUUCAAUUCUAUACAACGGUGUCUUAAUGAAGGAUAGCCUCAAACAGCCUGGCAGGUAUAACUCCUGCUCUGGAGAGUGUGUAGUUGCCAUUAGCUACGUGAUGGCAGUUGCUGACUUAAUUUUCACCUUCGUCGGCCCCGUCAGUGUCAUCAUAGUUCUGUAUGGCAGAGUAUUUGUGGUGGCUUUGUCUCAGGCUCGUGCCAUACGCUCUCAUACUGCAGUUAUCACACUCCAGGGUUCAGAUACUGUUCACACCAAGAGAUCAGAGCUUAAAGCAGCCAGGACUCUCAGUAUAGUCGUCAUUGCCUUUCUGACAUGUCUUUGCCCAUUCUACUGUUCCUCUCUUGUAGACCAGAACAGCUUGUUUGGGGUUACAUCAGUGCCCUUAGAGAUCUGGUUGUUCUAUUGUAACUCUUGUCUGAACCCAGUGAUCUAUGCAUUUUGUUACCCCUGGUUUCUGAAAUCUGUUAAGCUCAUUGUUACAUUUAAGAUCUUUGAGGCUGACUCCUGUGAGGCCAGCAUAUUAUAA